AUGGUACAGCAGGAGGCCUUAGUCAGGUCAAUUGAGGAUUCCUCAGACACAAAAUCAGCAGUGGAGGUCCUAGCAAAGCAACUCUUUACAAAUUAUGAACUGCAAACUUCAUCGGUCACUGGCUUUCAGUGCAAUAAAGAUUAUCAAGCAAGACCAGGACUGAGUCCCUCAAGAAGGAGCCUUUUAGAAAGAAAGGCAGUGGUAGAAAAUCAUGAAAACAAAAUUGUUGCAGUAGCAAAUGCUAAAAGAGUACAAAAUUUUCUUUUGCGAAGGCAGCAUUUUGCUGCAAGUGACAAGAAUACUUCCGAGAGAACUGAAAUAAUCGAAGUUGAAGAAGGAGAAGUAAGUGGAUCAGAGGACACAUCAGAUUUUGCACCUCAAAACCAGCAGUCUUUGAGUGUGACAAACAGCUCACCUCCUCUCCACCAGUCUUCAGGUGACGACUUCAACUCACUCCAGCAACAACAGUCUCUUCAGUCUUCUGGUGGAAACUUCAACUCACCACAGCACCAACAGCCUCUUCACUCUUCUGGUGGUAACUUCAACUCACUGAAGCACCAACAGCCUCUUCAGUCUUCAGGUCAUAACCUGAACUCACCUGAGCACCAACAGCCUCUUGAACAGUCUUCUUGUGGUAACUUCAACUCACCCCAGCACCAACAGCCUCUUCAGUCUUCUGGUGGUAACUUCAACUCACCGCAGCACCAACAGCCUCUUCAGUCGUCAGGUCGUAACCUCAACUCACCUGAGCAUCAACAGCCUCUUCAGUCUUCUCGUGGUAACUUCAACUCACCCCAGCAUCAACAGCCUCAUCAGUCUUCAGGUGACGACUUCAACUCAAUCCAGCACCAACAGCCUCUUCAGUCUUCAGGUCGUAACUUCAACUCAUCCCAGCACCAACAGUCUCCCACCUUGGCCAACAAGUCACCCCCUUGCCAUUGUGGGAAUGUUGACUCCCCCCAGCAGUCUCACAAUUAUCAGUGUUCAGAUAAAAGAUACAGUGCACCACUCCAGACCUCAGAUGGUAAAUACAUGUAUAGCUUACCUCACCAUCCACAGCAUACAACAUUAAGAGCAUCUGCAUCACCACAUUAUGAUCAAGCCACAUCACAGAAAGGAUUCUCAUUCUUUCAGAGCUUACAGCACUGCUCUGACUUUGACGUGUCAGAUUUAGAUCUGCCAAUGAAUCCCGCUCCUCACCUGGAAGCAGGAAGCCACACAAUAAGAGAUGAUAUCCAACAGAGGGAACCCUCAUUCAGCAACCUGCAAACAGCAUGCUCAAGUUGUCAGCCUCUGCUGAUGUCACCUAACAAGAGACUUGGUAGCCUAGAAGCUGAAUUUGAAAAACUAAAGAGAAAACAAAGAAAGGGAAAAGCAGUAUUGGAUGAAAAUGCAGAGAAAGAAAAUCCAAAUGAGGAGAGAUUCAAUGGUAUUACAAAGGAGGCCUUAGUCAGGUCAAUUGAGGAUUCCUCAGACACAAAGUCAGCAGUGGAGGUCCUAGCGAAGCAACUCUUUACAAAUUAUGAACUGCAAACUUCAUCGAUCACUGGCUUUCAGUGCAAUAAAGAUUAUCAAGCAAGACCAGGACUGAGUCCCUCAAGAAGGAGCCUUUUAGAAAGUGAGUUAAUUGAAAAGCUUUUGUGUUAUUUAAGGUGGCUCAAAACAGUAAUAUUUCCGAGAAGCCUGGGCUCUAAUGCGCACUUCAGCACUAGGCAUCAUGCGAUCACCGGAGGGGUCGCCAGAAAGCAUGUGAGAUUUCAAGUUUGCAAAACUCACAGCAAACAUGGGGACACAAGGCCUACUUCGUAGAACUUUGUUUCCACCUAGUUUAGUGAGCUGUUUGCGAUAUCACUUAUUUUUAUCUUCGAAAACAUCCAUCCUUCAGGCAAUUUCAAAUGAAAAUUUAAACAUUCUUUUAAACCGCUGUGCUGGAAUGUAAACGAAAAUUGUGAUUGAUAUUGCAAUUGAUCACGUCGGC